UAGGAGGUACUUACUUGUGUUAGUAUAAUCUACGAAGUUCGACUGGUUUUAUAUCCUGUAUCAUCUUCCGUUUGGAAAGUGGUACACGCUUGGUGAGUGGUACACGCUCGUAGAUUGAUUGCGAUUGUCGCGGUUCGCAUAUGGAUAAAACAUUCCUACGAAUGCUUAAGCUAAGGUUCGCGAAUAUAAAUCACAAAAACAAAUUCUUCAUUCGCAGACAAGUUAAAGCUAAAGUAUGUUAUUCGAUGAAAGCGGAUUUAUUAAGUUGCUUGAAAAAUCUUUAAACGUAGACCUACUUAACGAUCAAGACGCGCCUUUGUUUUCGUCAUUUGGAAUUAUUUAACGAAUUGAACAUUUAGUUAUACUGUAAUAUACUGUAUAUAUAAUAUUCUAUUGAUAGAAUUUUUCAAUCGAAUGUUUGCAAUUUCUAUAUGUGGUUCGAAGAACACCUCUCUCUCUCUCUCUCUCUCUCUCUCUCUCUCUAUACAGGUUUAUAUCUGACAUUUGAUUACAGUAAUAGAGUAGUAUAACGCGUGUUUCUUCACUUUUCAUUGUUUCAUCUUUAUUUCUCCGUUCAUUUUUUUGCACGUUAUCUAUUCUAUUCAUCAGACUCGCAAGAUUUCAUCCACGUGAAUGGGAAAGGUUUAGAGACUCUUGACGAUUCCUCUUCAAAGUUUCAUACAUAAUACGAUGCUGUAUGCGAUAAUAAUUCGAUAAUCAUAAUUAGUCGUGUUUUUCAUUAAAUUUUAUGACAUUCGAAAAAAAGGAAAAGGAAAAGGAAAAGGAAAAGGAAAAAGAAAAAGAAAAGUAAAGUUGUCCGUAGAUCGGAUCGAUUGGAUUUGUUUCUUACCAAAGAGAAUGCGUAGUUCGAUACCGAGAAAGAAGAGAAAAAAGGAGAAAAAGGAAAAAAAACUCUGACUGCUCGAGAUUAACGUAAUAUCCGUUCUCGCGAAAGUGGACCCUCUUGUAAAAAUCUUGGUGGUCCCACCAAAUGGUUAUUCUUUCGUCGUGAGGAACAUCGUGAUUGGUUCGCGUGGGGGCUAAGUGCAUCGACGAAAAAAGAAAAGGAUCGCCCGGAGGCUUUGUAAUUUUGCGCUCGUCCACCAAAAAUUUGCUGACCAAGGAAGCGAACAUGGAGAAUGGAGAUGAUGGGGAGGUUCGAAGAAGAUCGUUGCAGGUAAUACACACCCCUCCCCCUCCCCCCCUCCCCCCUUUUGCCCUUAUAUAUUAUGUAUUGUAAAUAUGCGUAUGCGCGUAGAAGAAAAUAUUAGUUGUAAUUUAUUGUAAAAUAAAGAGGAAAGAGAUGCACCGUUGUACGUGGGGAGGGGGAGAUAAACAACUGCGCAGGAGAGAGAGAGAGAGAGGGUUCUUGAUCUCGAUUAGGAGAAGCAGCGAGCGCGCCGCUCGCACUUGCUUUCAAGACAUCGACGUGGUAACGCUGCGCACACUGCGCGCACACUGCGCGCACUCUUCGGAUCUCUUUUAUUUCGAUUUAAAUGUAAACACAGCAUUCUAAGCGCGCAUUGUAACGUCAUCCACCGAGACAUUUACUGGGAUUAUUUCAACGAUUACCGUGUCCUUUUUUCGAAAGUGAGCGUUCGUUCUAAGUUUAUCAAGAUUUAGUGUUCGAACGGUAGGAUUGUGUAUUGGCAUCGACCAAAAACAGCUUCGGCUUCAGCUUCGGCUUCAGCUUCAACUUUAGCUUGAAAGUUGAAAGCAGUCUUGGAAGGAGCGUGUCGGAUCUUGACGUUCUCAGCAACGUGGGAAAGGGAGCGUGAUCAUCGAUGGAAGAUGGAUAGCGAAUGAGAUUCAUCGUCAGAAAGACGACUAAUCUGGAAGAUGGGUAACAACGGUAGUUCCCAUCAACAGUGUCCCUCGAAUGGGUUAUCUCAAGAGAUGGCUCGAGGAUGGACUCAAUCCUUCCCACGGGAACUGACGAGACACCACUCGCAACCGCCUGGACAUAAGGUCCUCCCAGAGCCACCCAACCAAAGGCUCCGUGCUACCAAUAAUGGUAGUAUUAUCCACAACGGCGGGACCAUAAGUGGACGCAGACCUUCGGCGCUGACGUUGCCACACGAUCUUAAUAAGCAAGGGGUCUUUCGUAGUAGAAGUACUUCGGCAUCAAACAUCGGCAUAUCUAGAUCACGCAAGUCCGAUCAUCACUGUUGUCAUUAUCAAAGUGAUACUCAUUGUAUGGAAAAUGAAAUGCAAGAAUUGAAAAGAUUUGGUAGUGAGCCAGACUUGAGGUAUUCUCCAACGGAACGGUCCAAUACGACAAGUAGGCAACGACACGGUUUAGAACGUCGUCAUUGUACCGGUUAUUAUCCCGAAAGAGAUUCUAAAGAACGGGAGAGUCGAUAUAAAGGCAAGAAAAAGUACAAAGCGCCAGCACCACCUGGUAAUGUUAUGGCUGACGGUUCCUCGCCCGAUUCUUACAAAUGGGAACUUGGCCAGGAUGGUCGUUGUAAACACGAGGAAGAAGUUCAGCCGCCACCCAGAAAGUCACGGCUUUUUAAAACAAGAGCGGAAACGAAAAGGGCACAGAUCAAUUGGAUGUCCAACUCGUCGUCUACCCAAUCCCACCAAGAACGUAAUAACGAGGCAGCCCUCGAAAACGAAAGAAGAUGGAGGAACGAACGCGAAAAUAAUAAAAGGCCAUCCUGGCGGGAACAGGAUCAACAGCCGCAGCCACAGCCGCCACAGCAGCAGCAGCAGCAGCAGCAGCAACAACAACAACAAGAUCAAUGGUGCAGGGACGAGUUGAGACGUUCGAAAAGAUUCGAUGGAAAAAACACGCUUCAAAGGAGUAUGAGCAGCCCUGAGUUCCAAGCGGAACUGAUGCAAGUAGCUAGGAAAGUGAGAAAUAAGUUGAACUGUGGCAGGAAGUCGACCGGUCAGCAUGAUUUCUCCAAUGUCGCGUCCGCGUCCUUAGAGCGUAAGAAUGUAGAGCUUUCAAAGAGUACGAAAGAAAAGUUGAUCAACGAGGAACAAAAAAAGACAGAGAAAAGAAAUUCGAAAACAACGACUAUCGAGGAACGAACUGUCGAAGAUAGAAUCAUUUCGCGCAUGAACGAGGAGAGGAGACUUAUAGUGGAGAAAUGUAAUCGAAUGGAAAACAAGACAACCUCGUGCGAGAAUCGUAAGAAUGAUGCGCGGAGGACGAACAAGGAACAACGAGAGGAUAAUGGAGUAGUUAAUAAAAAGAGGAGCGUCGAAGACGAACCUACGAAACAAGGUAGAAAGUCAUUAAAAGAUAGGCUCGAUACGCUUGGACGUUCUAUAGAGGAAAGAUUUUCGGACAAGCAAAGAAGAGAUUUGGAGGAUUAUCGCAAAUCGAGCGAUUUAUCGAACAAUCGAAAAUUUGAGGAUGUCGUCGAUAUUGGAAGGACCAGAUCGGAGAGUCCAAUUAGACAUCGCAGCAAAGAUAAGUUUGAUGUUCGAGGACAAGGAUCUGGUAGAGAAAGUACACCAGAACGACAGGAACAUAAGAGAGGAGAUAAAGAAAAUUCAGAUCCCAAGUGGUGUAAAAGAGACACCAAAACGAAUGACUCGAAGAACAUUGACAAAAGAUGGUCCGAUGGUGAAGUGCUGAUACAAAAAAUAGAUCCAAAUGCCAAAGAUAAGCUCAUGAAAAUAUCGAACACGAAGGAACCAGUCGAGAACUGGCACAUAUUACCGCGUACAGAAAAGUCAACGCCAAAGACCUUUUAUUUUGGCAUGGGUGAGGCCUUAUCCAAAGAAUCGCGAAAUAGCGUGGACCAACAAAUGCAGCAAAUCCAAUCGAGACUACAAAUUAGAGAAAUCAACAAGUCGAACGAAUAUUUGAUGGACGACCGUGACGAAAUAAAAAACGGACCAGAAGAUAUUUCGCUUAAACUUCGACCUACGCUUCCAAAAAAGCAAUUAGAAAUACCGAGAUUUUCUCCUUCAGCAGCAUGGAGAUUAUUGUCCGCGUUAGAAGCGCCCGGUCCAACGAUGAGUACCGCUAGCGAAGAGAUUCCUGUCAUGUUUGAAGAAAAGAUCGAACGUUUGUCGAGGCCACCUCCACCAUUGAUAGCUUUGGGACCUCGAAGCUCGCACGAUAAAUCAGGGGAUUCGGGUAUAUCCGGAGACGCUGGAGCUGGCAACGACGAUUCUUUAGACGUUAGUACGAUGAACAGAAUAAAAACAUCGGCAACGAGACCACCCGCAUGGACUCCUCAACAAGAUUUAGGCGAAGAAUCGAGCAGCGAUGCUGGCGUAGAUUCUCCACCUCCGAUUCCGACGCCAAUGAAAUUUACACCGAAAGCUCACGUGUUCUCUCUCUCUUUGCCACGCGACGACAAUAGGAUGAUGUAUCUUUAUAAUCCCGAAACGAAGGGUAAUAAAGAAGGAUCCGCGUUCAAUUCACUGCAAAAGUUAAAGAGAACGAUGUCAGGAGCAUUCGGUCUCGGUCCGUUGGAUCUCGAAAAGAAACGUUCUGGCGACGUGCUCGAUGACAAUUGGCUAUUGUCCAGUAGUGCACCAACCUCCUUGCAACUCAAUCAAAUUACGGACGUGACUCGAUCCUCGCCUUCUGGAUGGAAACAAGACUUCGACGAUGAAGACAUCGAUGGCGAUGGCGAUGACGAUGACAUUGAUGGCGACGACGAUGACGAUGACGACGACGACGACGACGAAGACGAUGAUCAAGAAGAUCCUGAAAAUAGAAACGACUUCCCUGCAAUCAUGAAACCUCCGUCUUUUUCUUAUUUAGCUUCCGGUGGUCAUGUCAUGUAUCUACCAGAAGCCAACGAUACUAAUUAUCAAGCACAACAUUUGAAUUAUAAGAGCAAUGGUCCUUUAAAAAAUCAUAAUUUUGCUAAUUCCGCGUUGAAGUAUAAAAAGAAUAUCGUUGAUGAUCUGAAAAAGUCUUCCACGAUCGAGGAAAAAUCACGAAAGUCAAAACAUUUGAAAUCCUAUGGGGAGAGAUGUUUUCUCGCUGAGAAAAGUAUGAAUUCGCAUAAUAAAUUUUCCAAUUUUUCAAAGUCCUGCGAAAAUGUGUCUGAGAUGAAACAGAGAAGCACCUCGCCUAUCAUUGAACAAUCACAGAAUGUGCAAGACAAUAAAGAAUCUUCUUCCGAAAUCAAAGCACCAAUGAAAAAUAUUUCUAAAGGUAAACGAUUUACGUUUCAAUCAACUGUUAGACAAAUCGAGAGACGUAGGCUAGCCGAGAAAUUAUCUCGCGAAGCUGAAGCUAAAGAGCAUCAGCGAAAAGGAGAGCUCGAAGCUAUGAGGAAAGUUGAGGAAGAAUUUCAACGGAAACGGGCAAGAGAGAAAGCGAAUAUUAGACAGCAACUUCGAUUAUAUAAUAUGGACGAACAUCUCAGUAGUUUGCCUUCAGCUUGGGACACGUCACAGUUGUCUCGAGCUGAUCCCGAUGGUGCACCGUCAUCGUCAGCCUCGUCACCAACAUCUGCUCCACUUGGUGGUACCCUAACGGCGAAUCGUAAGAAUAGCGUUAGCAGUGACGAACAUCAUAGAAAAAGAGCAACUAGUUCUGAAUCAAGGCAACAACAGCAAAGAGAAUACAAAGAUUAUCGACCGAAAUAUUACGCUUGGACACCGGAAAAUUCAUCACAUUUAGAGUACAAACAGACUACCGUACAUCCAAAAGUCAUUUGCGAUAUUCCCAAAAGUUCUGCAGUAUUUGUCGAUGCAAAUGCCCCCCACGGUCGUGAAAAAGCUACGAAUCUAAAUUCAACUCCUAGAUCUGAUAAUUACAGAAAGGAUUUCGCUCACGGCGCCGUUGCAGCGAGGUCAUCCUUAGCUAGCAGCGAUAGUGAAUUAUCGCAACCAAAUACCAGGCCACAUUCUAGACAAACAGGUGGCAAAGGAAAACCUCUACGUUCUAGAAAAUAUAAAUGAUGCAUGUAUGUCAGAAUCGAAGACAAAAGUGAAAAGAGUGAGAAAACGUUAAAUAGGUCGGCUAGCCCAGAACGAAGCGAGGAAGCUGUCAGUUCGGAGGAUGAAAGUCCAGUGGAACCAAUCAAGCAACAACGAAAUCCCAUUAAUGGCUUUACAAUAAACGGAAUUCAACCUUUCGUGAGGGAGAAGAGCUAUCGACCAAUUUCUUUUAACCCUCAACCACCACCCCAGCCCAUUCCAACUUUGAUGUGGGUGAAUAAUCGUUUGGGUGCAGCUUAUUACAAUAUCGUAACGUCAGAGUUAUUUGUAAUGGAAGAUACUCAUGAUGACACUGUUAAUUUUAAUAUUACAAAGACAAUUUUUAAACAAUGUCAACCACAUUACAUUAUCACGAUACUUGGAAUAUCCGACGAUUUUCUUAAUUGUAUAAAAAAGCUCGUUAUGGUGGAUACCGCAGAGGAUAAUGAAAGUUCUAGCUCGAGCGAUAAAUCCAUUCAAACGAUUUUUAAGGCUUUAGCAAAAAAAGAAAAUAGUUACGAAACUUGUUAUCACAGAGUUCGAUGUCUAAAACUCAAUUCAGAACCGAAAGAUGCUGACAAUAAUGAAAGAGUUACAUUUUUAAAUGCUUUGCUUGAUUUUAAAGCUCAUGCGAUGAUCUAUGCUUUAGGAUUACUUUUAAAAUUUAUCGAUAAACAUUGGAAUACUAUUACUCUAGCUCCUUCUGGCAAAGCAUCUUUUAUCUCCUUGAAUUGCAUUACUUUGGAAAAGCUUGUAAUGAUCGACGAUGACUCUUACAAAGCAUUAAAUAUCGUUCAAACAAAAUAUCAUCCAAGUUUCUUUAAAUUCGGUAAUGCGUCUACAAAAAUGCAAAGUGGUAGCUUAUUUGCAUUAUUAAAUUGUUGUCAGUCGAGGCCAGGUGUACAAUUUUUAUGGAAAACAAUUCGGCAUCCAACAAGAGACAUCGUAGUACUCAAUCAAAGAUUCGACGCGAUAGACUUUUUCUUGGACCCAACAAAUCACAGUGUCGUUGAAAAUUUAACAACUUGUUUGAAAGAUAUUUAUCGUUUAACAAAUGCAAUACUUAGUCGUUAUUUAGGCCCACGAGCGAGAGCUUCGGAUUGGCAAAGAUUGCAUAAAACUGUUACUAACAUAAUUUACAUCGCGUAUAUCUGCGAGAAUUAUGACGACAAGAUAGAAUUAUUCAGAAAAAUAGUUAACACUAUUACGGAUGAAAUGCAUUACGUGAAAUAUUUCAUUGAAUUAAUUGUUGAUUUUGAAGCGAGCAAACGUGAGAAUACAUUUGUUGUUAGAUCCGACGUUGAUCCUCAAUUAGACGAGCUACGUAAUCGAAAAUACGCGUUACCUCAACUUUUAACAAAAAUGGGAGAAAAAGAUAUGCAAGAUAAUCUUCCCACAUCUGUUACAAGUUGUAAUAUGGUUUAUCUACCAAAUAUCGGUUACGUAUUGGCUAUAAAACAAUGGGAACGUACUCCACCCGAGGCAGAUGAUAUUCCUGGUUUAGAAUUUAAAUUUACGAUAAACGGUGUACAUUAUUAUAAGAGUCCUUGUGCUAGAGAAUUAGACAAUAGCAUAGGAGAUAUCAUGUCGAAAAUAACGAAACGACAAAGUGAAAUUAUGUUAAAAUUGGUACGCUAUAUAAACAAACAUGCAAAUUCUAUAUUAGUUGCAAUACAACUGUGUGCAGAAUUAGACACAUUGCUAUCCUUCUCCCAAGUGGCACGGAAUCAUAAUUACGUGAGACCAAAUGUGGUCAUGUCGCAAGUUAUAGCUGUGAAACAAGGACGACAUCCUUUACAAGAAUUUCAUACCACAUAUGUACCGAACGAUAUUUAUUCUGGACAAGGGAAAAGCCUUGUCAAAAUUAUAACCGGUCCGAACUCUUGCGGAAAGAGUAUAUAUCUUAAGCAGGUGGCACUUAUAGUGUUCAUGGCUCAUAUCGGUUGUUUUGUACCUGCUAAAUCUGCGACCAUUGGUGUUAUGACUCAUAUAUUAACACAAAUUGUUACUAUAGAUAGUAUUUCGUUAGAUGCGAGUGCAUUUUUGCAAAGUCUUCGACAGAUAAAUAUGGCCUUGUAUGCGUCUACCCCAAAUUCACUCAUAAUAAUCGACGAAUUUGGCAAAGGCACAUCAGAGAUAAAUGGUCUUUCAUUACUGACUGCCGUUCUAGAUAGCUUCGCGGAAAGAGCCAUUUAUUGUCCUCAUGUAUUCGCUGCAACUCAUAUUCAUCGCGUAACAGAAUUGUUGCUUGAAAAUUCGAUGAUUGAAGCUCAAACUUUUGAAUUCAUAACAAACGAGGACGAAUCUCUUGCAUUUCUUUAUCGUUUAGUAGUUGGAAAUACUACUUGCAGUUUUGCGCAUUCCGUAGCGAAAAGUGCUGGUCUUAACGAACAGCUUAUAAAGCGCAGCUUGGAGGUCUUUAAGAACUUAAAACAGGGAACUCUUCCUUCGCGUAUACCCGAAGUUCAACGAAAAGAUACGGUAAAACAUAUCAUCGAGAAAGUAGUCGUUCCAGAUGUUGAUUUUGAUAUAGAAGAACUCAAGUCGUGGGUACGCCAAGCGAUAUUACCAUCGUCCAACAAAUUUUACUAAAUUAAAUAUAAAUAUUCGAAUUUGAUUUGAAUCA